AGAAACCUCCCGGUUUCCUUCUGAAGACCAACAAAGUUAAUCAUUUUCUUCUCAACAACAGACUCUAAUACCGAGUUCAGACAUGUCUUCUGGGAGCCGCCUGUGGUCUGAGCAUCAGUUUCUGUGCUCCAUCUGUCUGGAUGUGUUCACCGAUCCAGUCAGCACACCAUGUGGACACAACUUCUGCAAAAUCUGCAUCACUCGGUACUGGGAGGUUAAUGUUCCCUACAACUGUCCCAUGUGCAAAGAGCUUUUCACCUCCAGACCUCAGCUCAGAGUGAACACCUUCAUCAAAGAGAUGGUUGCUCAGUUCAGACAUGAAGGUCAGCAGGAAGCCACCAGCAGCAGCAGCUCAGAGCAACAAGCUACCAAACCAGGAGACGUUCCCUGUGACGUCUGCACUGGAACCAAGCUGAAGGCCGUGAAGUCCUGCCUGGUGUGUCUGCUCUCAUACUGUCAGACUCACCUGGAGCCUCAUCUGACCACUCCAGGUCUCAAGAAACAUCAGCUGAUGGAGCCUGUGGAGAACCUGGAGGACAGGAUAUGUCCGCUGCAUGAUAAACCCCUGGAGCUGUUCUGUAAGACAGACCAGACAUGUGUCUGCUCCCUCUGUCCUGUUCUAGACCACAGGGACCACGAGAUUGUUCCUCUGAGAAAAGAAUCUGAAGGAAAGAAGGUCGAGCUGAGGAAGACGGAGGCUGAAGUUCAGAAGAUGAUCCAGAAGAGACGAGUUAAAAUCCAGGAGAUCAAAGAGUCGGUGAAGAUCGGUAAAGAUGCUGCGAAGAGAGAGAAAGCAGAAGGCGUUCAGGUCUUCACUGCUCUGAAGGAGUCUGCUGAGAGAGCCCUGGAGGAGCUCCUCAAGGAGAUCGAAGACAAACAGAAAGCUGCAGAGAAACAGGCUGAAGACGUCGUCAAAGAUCUGGAGCAGGAAAUCUUUGAGCUGACGAAGAGGAUAUCUGAGGUGGAGCAGCUCUCACAGUCUGAAGACCACCUCAGCAUCCUCCAGAGCUUCUCCUCCCUUAACGCUGCUCCACCCACCAAAAACUGGACGGAGGUCAGAGUUUGUCCGCCAUCAUACGAGGGGACUGUGGUGAGAGCUGCUGCUCAGCUGGAGCAGAAGCUGAAGAAGACCCUGUUGGAGGCUAAGCUGAGGAGGGUCCAGCGGUACGCAGUGGAUGUGACUCUGGAUCCUGACACAGCUCAUCCUCAGCUCGUCCUCUCUGAUGAUGGAAAACAGGUGAAACAUGGAAAUGUGUGGAAGAACCUUCCAGACAACCCCAAGAGGUUUUCCAUGUAUGUUAAUGCUUUAGGACAGCAGGGGUUCUCUUCAGGCAGAUUUUACUUUGAGGUUGAGGUUAAAGGAAAGACUAAAUGGGGUUUAGGAGUGGUCAGAGAGUCCAUCAGCAGGAAGGGAGCAAUCCCAUUAACUCCUCAGGAUGGUUUCUGGACCGUUUGGUUGAGAAAUGGAAAUGAGUACGAAGCUAAUGCUGAACCUUCAGUCCGUCUCUAUCUCCAGCCUGGUCCUGACAAGGUGGGGGUGUAUGAGGAGGGGCUGGUCUCCUUUUAUGAUGUAGACGCCGCAGCUCUGAUCUACUCCUUUACCGGCUGCUGCUUCACUCAGAAGCUCUACCCUUACUUCAGCCCCUGUAUUAAUCACGGUGGGAAAAACUCUGCUCCCAUGACCAUCUGUCCUGUUACACAGGCUGAUUGUCGCUCUGAUAAAUCUCUCAGAACCAGAAUUAGAGUUGCGUAGUUCUUGAAUGAUUCGUUCAAAAGAACAAGUCAUUUGAGUGAACUAACUGAACCGAAUCACUUAAUUAACUGAUUUGAACAUUUCUCAGCAGAGAUCACUGAAGGGGCAGGUGCUCAAAGUGAGAAAAAGGGCACAUUUGACUAAAUUCUAGUACUAAAUAUUAGCACAACUUUCACAUACCUUUUACAGUUCAAUGUUUGUUAUGAGUGAAUAUAGCCAAUGCUUUAAAGGUAUACUAUGCAACCGGGGUUGAUUUUCCAGCGAGGCUCCCCCCAGAGGGUGAAAG